UCAGGCUCAGGUCGAUGAUCUUUCCAAUCCACGAGACCCUGCCUCAGUCGCAAAGCUUCUCAUCCUCAAAAGAGAGGUCAUGUUCUUGCAGUUUGAUGCUGCUGUUCGCCAUUUAAUUAGAGAAACUUUCUUGUCUGUUGGCAAUGUGGCAGCAUUUCAAUCAGUGACAGACUCUAUGUGUCAAGCACUGCCAACCAUGAGUAACUCUGCAGACAGCAGCCUGUAUGGAUCAUUGCUUACUCUACCAGCACCCCUGGAUGCCUGGAGUCACAAGGCCUCUGUACUCUUUCCCUGGAGGGCGUUCUUAGCAAGAGAAGGAUUUGUCCCAGUGAUGCUUGGCAACUUCCAAAUUAUUGAGUACGGGAUGCAGAUCUGCCUGUGUAGACUGAAUGAUCAUGACCGAAGUGUAGCUAAUGCUGAGCUACUUGGUGUCUCUCUUUUGAUGGAAGACGUGAUACAGAGCGGGAGUGACCUGUUGAAUGAAAAGGAUGAGGAGUCAAGUGUUGACACGGUGACUAAAACUCAGCAGGAGGAUGCUGUUGAAUUAAAGGAAGAUGGAAAACAAUCCUCAGUCAGCAGAGUAGCUCCCUCUUUGAAAGCAAAGGACCCUACGUCAGUGUACAUGGCUCUUAAAUCAUUCUUAAUAUUAUGGAAACAACUUGAGGUGUUUAAGGAGGAAUGGGGCAGGUUAAAGCUUAGCGUGGAACAAAUCAACUCUGUGAGCCUCUACAAACAAUUUUGCAAAGUUUACAGAAUGGAAAUCCUGUACCCAGCUUUGACAGUGAUCACCGGUCAAAUAGGCAUGGAAGAUGAGUACGAGAGAAUGAUGAUGGACAACCAGCUACUACUCCCACCAGAGGGGACGUCAAAAGCAGAGAUGAAAACUCAACAGCUGCACAAAAUUCUUGAAAGCAUGGAAUGUUACAUGAUCCAUGAGCUUCAAAAGAAAAUCGCAAAGGAGGUAACACUUGUUAUGUCAGAAAGAGCCAGAGGCGAAGCAACUCUGCCAAUAGAUGUUUGGAAGCAUUCAGCCAUGACAGAAAAUAUCUUGUUAGUGAGGCCUCAAAUUGUUGAGAGCUUUGUGCAAAAAUUGAAGGAGCACUCCCAGGAGACUGAUAAAGAGAUUACCUUCAGCAAAGACCAUUUAAGAGACUGCCUUCUGUCUCUAGCUUGUGAUGUAAUGGGGAGAGAGCGCAGCAACUUUGAGACUUAUUCCAUGUGUUAUGAAAACAUACUUCGUCAGGAACACCAACUGCUUUACCAAAAGGAACAGGAAAUAAAGGGAAUGCAGAAAUCCCAAACACCAUCUACAACACUUAGCUGCCAGUUAGCUGAUCUCAGUCAUGAGAUAAUUAUCGAGAUCACAGCUCUGCGGGCAAAGCUGGCCAACCUGGAGGAAGAGAAUACAAAGCUGAAAGAUGAGAUCAGGAAAGAAGUGAGACAGGAAUAUGAUGCUUUGGUCAGAGAUCUCUUUGCAUCCUGCUUUGCAUUAAAGGGAAAGCUGGAUGAAUACCAUAUUAACAUGAAUAAAACGGUCUGUCAACUGAUCAAUGAAGUGAGAAGGAAAGGGGUGGAAAACAUGAUUAUCCUCAAGAGAAAGAUUGGCUCCACAAAGAACGAUGAAACCUUAAAAGAGAACUUGACACAGCAAAAUCAGCUACAGUCCUUACGGGAAGAGAACAGUAAACUGGAGAGAUUGGUUUGUCAGCUGAAAACGCUGAGCUGCUGGCGACAGACAGUAAAGCAGAAACAGUUCCAACGAUCUUGCACUGUCUUGGAGCAGGAAGUCGUAAAAGUCAAGAAACGUUAUCUCAAUAUUAAAAUGCUGGCGGAAGAGGAGGUGCUUUUACUGCGUCAGCAACUCUCUGCUGUACAGAAAGCUCUGAGCAAGUCCCAGUCGGAGAAUGAUAAAAUGAAGAAAGAACUGGAAAAAGAGAAAUGGCUGCUGAAGGAGUAUGAGCACAAGGCUUCUCAAGAGUUGAAGAGCCGACAGCAGCUGGACAGUGUGAAAGCAUCCAACAUGGAACGACUGUUGAAUGACAUGGAGGAGAAGGAACAGAGGUUCCAUCUACUAAGCACUGAGUUUGAGAGAUCUUCCAAAAUGGCUCAAAUCCAGCACAAUAAGAUCGAUAAGGAGAUCAAACAGGUACGCUGUAAGCUGGUCCAGGAGCGCAACUUGAAACUAGAUGCCUUCCAACGAGUCAGUGAAUUGCAGAACCAGAUGUGUGACUUUGAGGUAGCUUUGUCUCUAAGAGGCAGUGCUACAGAGAACAGGAAGAAAUUACCAUCAUAUCUUUGUCGCAGUGCAAGCAGCUUCAGAAGUAUUUUACCAGGCAUGGGAUUACCAACUCCCUGUCACACCCACUCCUCACUAAUUUCUCGGGACCAUCCUCAACGCUGUUUGACUACUGACUCAAAGACCACUGAUUUUAGCAGAACGAUUACUGAUCGAGGAAGGAGGGUGCAAAGGCCAAAAACAGUUCCAAGCAGACUCCGCAACAAAGUGGUGGAAGCACUGUUGCCAGAAUUGGAGGAACCAAAUCACCAUGGUCUUCUCCUAGAACUGCAAGACUACAGAUUAAAUCAGAAAUAA